AUGUGGAAGGAAACUAGCUUGUUUAUAAAGAAUAAUAGGGACAUCAUGAUUACAAGAGCCGACAAGGGGAAUGUGACAGUGGCAAUGAGUAAAAUGGAAUAUAAGAAAAAUAUGCUAAGUUUACUUAAUGAUAGGGAUACAUAUGAAGUAGUUAAAAGGGAUCAAACCAAUGUUUUAUCGAGGAAAUUGAGAGAAUUGUUGGCUAGAUGGGAGAAAAAAGAAUUUAUCACUCAUUACACAUACAAUAGUUUAAAUGUGAGUGAAGGUGUGUUGCCGGGAGCAUAUGGACUCCCGAAAAUACACAAAAUAGGAGCACCUCUUAGAAUUAUCAUUUCAACCAUAGACAGUCCGUUAUACCCGUUGGCAACAUUUCUACACAAAAUUAUUCAAAAAGUCAGUGUGAACUCAUUUAGUCAGAUAAAAAACAGUUUUGACUUGAUUAAUGUUUUGAAAAAAACUACGUUAGAUGACAAUUUUAUUUUAAUCUCACUUGACGUCGUUUCAUUAUUUACGAACAUACCCAUUGACUUAGCUUUGGACAGCAUCUCUCUUAGAUGGCCUUCGAUUUCUAACAGAACGAAUAUUACUAGGGACGAAUUUUUUAUUGCAUUAAGACUGGUGAUUGAUUCGACUUUUUUCUCUUUUGACAACGUUAUUUAUAGACAAAAAUUCGGCAUGCCUAUGGGUUCACCUCUGUCUCCGGUUAUCGCUGAUAUUGUGUUACAAGAUUUAGAGAGGAAGGCGUUAGAUACUUUAGGCUUUUAUAUACCAUUUUAUGUGCGAUAUGUGGAUGAUAUUGCUAUGGGUGCUCCUGUCGAAAAAACCUCAAAAAUUUUGGACGUUUUUAACUCAUUUCAUCCUCGAUUACAAUUUACGUUAGAAAUAGGUGGAAAUAGGUUGAAUUUUUUGGACAUCACCAUCAUUAAGAAUAACCAAUCUCUGGAAUUUGAUUGGUACCAUAAGCCAACAUACUCGGGGAGAUAUUUGAAUUUUUUUUCUGAACAUCCUUUGUCGCAGAAAAAGGGCACUGUUAUGGGAAUGGUUGAUAGAGCUUUUCUAUUAUCAGUACCUAAAUAUCAUAAAAAGAAUUUAUUAUUUGUGAUAGAGACACUUAUGAAUAAUGACUAUCCGGUGGAUUUUAUUUUCAAUGUAAUGAAUGAACGUCUCAAAUCUUUAUUACAUGGAAAAACGUUGAGGCAAAACAGUAACAUUGAUAGCGACACAGAUGUAAAAAACAAUAUGUGGUUUGCGUUCCCCUAUGUAACUAAGGUUUCGGAUAAAUUUAGAGAUAUCACCAAGGAUUAUAAAGUAAACCUGGCGUACUUUAGUCUCAAUAAGCUUAGCUGUUUUAUAAAAACACAUAAAGAUCCGAUACCAAAUAUGUCUAAAAAGAACGCAGUAUAUAAGAUCAAAUGUAAUGACUGUGAUGCUUCAUACGUUGGUCAGACUAAACGUAUAUUAAAGACGAGAAUUAAUGAGCACCGUAAUGAUAUUCGAAAAAAUAUUAAUAAUCAUUCGGUAAUUACAGAACAUAGACUUAAUUAUAAUCACGAUUUCGAUUGGGAAAAUGUAGAGAUAAUGGACAAUGAAAGAUUUUUAUUUAAACGACGAAUAUCAGAAAUGGUGCACAUACAGUUGCAAAAAAAUGGGUUAAACUUACAGUCUGACACAGAAUUUCUACACCAUGCGUAUAUUUCGAUCUUGAAUAAUUUGUAA